ACCAUACGAUCUCCUGGAUUAAGCGGACACGUGUAUUUGAAGCAAAACUACAUUAGUCUGUAUAUGUGUUUUCGUCCACAACAAAAUGAAUACACCAUGUGCUCUUAUGUGUUUUCUUUUGGUUCCAGUUCCCGUUUUAGCAGGUUUUCACACUUUGACAGGGCUUAUAACGUACAUUACAGGGGAAGGAACAUUUAGUUUUUCAGUUAUGUUGGAUGACAUCACUGUAGGAUAUUAUAAUUCAAAAACAAAGAUCUAUGUUGCAAGGGGAAAUGAUACAAAUGAAGAUGAUGUUUUAGAUCCAAAUGACCUCAAGACUAUAAGCGACCGUGUGCUUUUUUUUUUAAUACAAAGAUCACAUACGCUGAGACCUGUCAACGACACAGAAAGUGAAAGUCAAAAAGUUCAUCAGGCAAUGGUUCUUUGUGAACAGAAUGACAAUAAACCUGGACAAAUGAUCAGCAAAACUGCUUACAGAGGCUCUACGAUUGAGGAGCGACGUUUGUUUGAUGGCAAAUACACAUAUCAUGUAUUUUCAAAUUACAUAGAACCAGAAAACAAUAACAGUCUUGAAAUUACCAAGAGGGUUUUUGAGAGCUCUUAUCAACCAUUCUGCAUAAAAACACUGGAGACAUACCUUAAAAAGAGGGAAACUCAACUAAACAGAAAAGUGAAACCGCAAGUCAGAUUCAUUCAGAAAACAAACUCAGAUUCUGGAAAGUUUUGUUUGAGUUGUUUGGCAACAGGAUUUUACCCUCGUCACAUCAACCUGACCCUGUUCAGAGAUGAGCAGCCUGUAGCUGAUCAUGAGAUGACUGGAGGAGAUCUGCUGCCCAAUGGUGACGGGACGUAUCAGAUGAGGAAGAGUCUGGAGAUCAGUGCUGCAGACAAACACAAAUACACCUGCUCCAUCACACACCUCAGUCUGGAUGUCACUUUGGAAAUCAAUCCAGGUGAACUGCUUAAGGUAGUGAUUCCUGUAGUGCUGAUAGUUUUGGCUCUGGUUUUGGUGUGUGCGACUGGAGCCAUUGUGUAUAAAUGCAGGAAGAGACAAGCUGCAUCUGAAGAACAAGGCGAAACAACAACAUUUCUAUUAAACUGCAUGACUUGAUGCUGCAUGGAUCAACAUCUCCAAUGAAAAAAUUAGUUCUGACAGUUGAUUGGCUUUACAAUGAAAGAUACUAUCAGAUGCCAUGAGAAAAAGUAAU